ACCCUAGGGCAAAACCCUAGCCCAGACGCGCAGCUACGUUGCUUCUCUUGAAAAAGAGAAAGAGAGAGCGAAGUGAGCACCAUUUCCGCCAUUGCAGGAGCUUCAUUCUGUUUAUCCCAUACAUCUCACUAAUCUGACACUCCUCAACCUGUUUCAUGGAUUUAUAUCUUCUUUACGAGUCGGCAUCCGGGUAUGCUUUACUUAAAGCGCAAGGACUUGACGAGAUCGGACAAAACACCGAGGCAGUCCGAAAAUCAGUGGAGGAUAUCAACAGGUUUGGCAAGGUUGUCCAGCUUACAGCUUUUAGCCCAUUCGAAUCUGCUUUGGAUGCUCUCAACCAAUGCAAUGCUGUUUCUGAAGGGCAAAUGACUGAUGAAUUGAGGAACUUUUUGGAGCUUAACCUUCCAAAAGUUAAGGAAGGUAAGAAGGCUAAGUACAGUGUUGGAGUUGCUGAGUCAAAGAUUGGUGCACAUAUCCUUGAGGUGACGAAUAUUCCAUGUCAAUGUAAUGAAUUUGUUACCGAGCUUAUUCGGGGUGUGCGUUUGCAUUUCGACAAGUUUGUCAAGAAUCUUAAGGAAGGUGACUUGGAAAAAGCCCAGCUUGGUUUAGGGCACAGUUAUAGCCGAGCGAAAGUGAAGUUCAAUGUUAACCGUGUGGAUAAUAUGGUUAUUCAGGCUAUUUUUCUUCUUGAUACUCUUGAUAAAGAUGUCAAUUCUUUCUCCAUGAGAAUCAGGGAAUGGUACUCAUGGCAUUUCCCUGAAUUGGUGAAGAUUGUAAAUGAUAACUAUCUUUAUGCUAAAGUUGCAAAGUUCAUUGAAGAUAAGUCCCAGUUAUCUGAAGAUAAAAUACCAGAGCUGACUGAAAUUGUUGGAGAAGAAGACAAGGCAAAAGACAUUGUAGAAGCUGCCAAAGCAUCCAUGGGGCAGGAUUUGUCACCAAUUGACCUCAUUAAUGUCAAACAAUUUGCACAAAGAGUGAUGGAUCUCUCCGAGUAUAGAAAGAAGCUUUAUGAAUAUCUUGUCACUAAAAUGAAUGAUAUUGCACCCAAUUUGGCUACGUUGAUUGGUGAAGUGGUUGGAGCCCGCUUGAUUUCUCAUGCCGGUAGUCUUACAAAUUUGGCAAAGUGCCCUUCUUCUACCCUUCAGAUCCUUGGAGCUGAAAAGGCUCUUUUCAGAGCUUUAAAAACAAAGGGAAACACCCCCAAGUAUGGUCUUAUAUUCCACUCUUCUUUCAUUGGACGUGCAUCUACUCGCAACAAGGGUCGAAUGGCUCGAUAUCUGGCGAACAAAUGCUCGAUUGCAUCCCGCAUUGAUUGUUUCUUGGACCAGAGUACGACAGCUUUUGGUGAGAAACUCCGUGAACAAGUGGAAGAGCGGCUUGAAUUCUAUGAUAAAGGCGUUGCACCCCGUAAAAACAUUGAUAUGAUGAAGUCUGCAAUUGAGAAUACUACUGGGAGCAAAGACACUGAUAUGGAUGUAGAUGAAGUUCAUGUUGAAACCCCAGCAAAGAAAAGUAGUAGUAAGAAGAAGAAGAAGUCUAGUAAAGAUGAAGAAGCUUCAGAAAAUGGUGAUGAUGCAUCUGAAGAGCCCAAAAGCAAAAAGAAGAAAAAGGAGAAGCGAAAGUCAGAACAGGUUGAUACAGAUCUGAAUGGUGUAAAUGACCAGGAUAAGGAUGAGACGACAGCCAAGAAGAAGAAGAACAAGAAGAACAAGGUGGAAGAAGACGACGAAGUUCUUCCUUCUGCUAGUGAAGGAAAGAAGAAAAAGAAGAAAUCGAAAACACAAGACUUGUGAGUGUUGAGUUGAUUUAGGGUUUCAUUGUUUCAGAUUCAAACAUAGUCCAGAUGUUUUGAUAUUUUACUGCUUUUGGUUUUGGGAUGCUUUUAAGCCAUUUACCCUUUGUGGGGGAUUUUUUCAUUAACAUUCUUCAUGAGCUUUGUUGUUCAUUUAAGAAAAUAGUUAUUUUUAUAUACUAGCUGAGAAAUUUA